GAUGCAAGAAACACAGGAUUUUGAGCCCUCCAAGCUUGGACCACCUUACCGAGUAUAUCUUCUGGGCUCGCGGCUCCCAGCCUUCCUUUCCUCCUUUUCUUCCUUCGCGCCAUCUUCGUAAGUGCCCAGCCCACCUAAGUGCCCAGCCCACCACGACGACAAUGCGAUACUGGCCCGCGAUUGCGAUCGCGCGCGUGCCCUCUGCUUCCUCCUAACGCUCCCUCUGAUCGCGCGCGCAUGGCUGACUUCUUCGCUCUGCAGAUGAUUCGUUUUUUUUUUGGCGCUUCCGCCCUCGCCUCUCCUCGGUAGGUCGCCCCGCGAUGGUUCGGUCGAUUGGCAGGAUGGCUCUCGAUCGACAGGAUGGCUCUGGCGAUUCCAGCGUGCGAGGGCCGCGUGGCUGGCGAACUCGCUGCGCGGCCGGCGGGAAGAAUGCAAUGGUGCGCUGACAAUGUGGCAGAUUCAAAUAACUCAUUCAUUUCCGGCCGCGCCUCGUGAGUGACCUUCAACGCUGAGAUGUCGAUGGAUGGAGCAGGGCGGACGCUGCUGACACGCUGGGUAGAAGCAAUCAUGUCAAAGUUGUUCUCGAGCCUGGGCUUCCGGCCCAUCAACGCGGCGCCUGAAGAGCGCCCUGCUGGCGAGGCGGAGUCGCCCGCCGACGACGCGCCCGCGGCUCCCGCGGAGCGUGCGUCUGGCGCGGCGGCUGCGCCCGCCAACGACGACGAGAAGGAGGAGAAGAAGGAGGAGGACGAGGACGAAGAGAUGGAGGAAUCCGAGCCUCCGACUCCGCGCAAGGGCGGCUUCGGCCGCAAGAGAAGGGCGUCCAGUGACCUUGACUCGACGCCCAAGAAGAGAGUCCCUGCGGGCGCUGCCCGCAUCAUUCCGUAAGUGCAGAGAGCGCAACCGAAGCGUGUCGGAGGCGCGGGCUGUGCGUGUGCUGACAAUGGUAGCUGCCGCCGUUGUGUGGCCAAGUUUUUCGACAGUGGUGGCGCCCCCGUCUGCCACCAUCAAGCCGGUGCGUGUCUGCGUGUAGGUUGCGUGUUCGUUGCGUCUGACAUGCUCGUAGGUUCCGGUUCGCGCUGCGUCGAGUGUGCGCAAAAUAACCAUACUUGCCCGGCUGUGAGUUGCCCUCCUCCUUCAAAGGCGCUGACCUCAGCGCCUUGAAGCCGAAACCUGCGUUUUCGUUGCGUGUGCGUUGCGCUGUUGCUGAUCCCUCUGAAAAAAUGAAGAUUCAUCCUACUGCCCUCGCCGCAGUUUGCGGCUUUAUCGAAGCCCUCGACAAGAGGGACCACCCCGCCGCCGAUGAAAAGGUAAGUUUUCAAGUGUCUCCCCUGCGUGCGCGAUGCGUGUACUGAGCGCGUUCUAGCCGGCUGCGCUUGUCCAGGGCGUCGUCGACGCGCUUGCGGUGGCCCGCGAGGCCAUCA